GACAGAGGAGACAGUCAGGGACAAUAAAGCACAGAACGCCAGAGGGAUUCACGAUCAUUUCAGUUUCUUUUCUGUCAGUUGCAUCUGAUAAAGAUAACUUCUACAACAUUUACAUACAAAAGAGACAACAAAGGAUACAUAUUUUGAGAAGUCAUUUCAGUUCAGCUUAUGCAAUGUUUUUUUGAGAAACUGCAAAGCAGAGAGAAGUAAAGUGAAGUUACAUAUGAACAGAAUGGACAGCUGUGUCAUUUCACCUUCAGAAGAAAUGAUUCCAUAUGAUCAAGUUUGCCGACCAACGUAUGACUUUUACCCGUACCUGACCAGCGAUCCAGAUGGACAUUUGGAGAGUGGUUGGGACUACCACACUGUUCACCCUCACCUCACUGAGCUGGAGGUUCCUCCGAGUCCUCACCUGACAGAACUGCAUGCUCCACCCUAUCCUUAUGGAGAACCCUAUCAUCCUUCUUUGGAUCCGGGGCUGGGGCCACUUCUGCCUGUGGUUCCUACUCAGUUUGCAUAUGUCUCUCAUCCACUGUACCCGCGCUCACCUACUGCCCCCUGCAGCACAGAUGAUGAGGAACCAGGGGGACGCAGCCCACCUUUUGAGGUGUCAGAGGGAGAGGAGGACCAUGAUGAUCACCAUCCCGGCACUUCCAGUGCCAUGUCAGGCAUGUCCCAAUCAGGUUAUUUUUCAGGCAAGAGAAAGAUGCGUCUUUAUCAGUUCCUCUUGGAGCUACUAAGAGAUGGGGAUAUGAAAGACUGUAUUUGGUGGGUUGACCGAGAGCGAGGCACCUUUCAAUUCUCCUCCAAGCACAAGGAGGCUCUAGCCAGCCGCUGGGGCCUGCAGAAAGGCAACAGGAAAAGAAUGACCUAUCAGAAGAUGGCCAGGGCGCUGCGAAACUACGGCAAGACGGGAGAGGUAAAAAAAAUCAAGAAGAAACUCACCUAUCAGUUCAGCAAUGAGGUGCUGCGGAGGGUGUCCGGAGAGAGGAAGUAUCACUAAGAGAUAGACGAGUACCACUGCUCUGGGCUGCUCCAUGCCAGAACUUCAGCAGAACACAGAGGUUAACUUUCCUCAACUGCUCAUCUCAGGGACUCUCGGGGACACACUAGAUAUUUUAUAAAGGCAUGGUAUGAAUUUCAUGAUUUUCCCCUCAUAUUUGCAAAGCUUAAUCUUACACACAAAUAUUAUGAGAAAUGCCUGACAGUGCUAUUUUUAUGCAAUGCUUCUACUCUCUAUAUAGCACUAUAUAAGUUUAUCCUGUCUGGAAGAGAAAUACUUUAUUGGAGUAUAGAUUUUUUAUUUUUUUACUUGUUGACAAAUUAUCAAAUGCAUCAGACACCCUUGGCCACAUGACAGAUUUUGUUUUUAAAUUGAGAAGUUGUAAAUACAUAAUUUGUAGCAAAAAUAAAACUAUUUUUAGGAAAGCUUAAAGCACAGUUACUGUUGUAGUCUGGCUUUCAUGACAUAAAACAUAGAAAUCAUGGUGGCUCAUAGAUACUGAUUUGCAAAGUUAUUAGAAACUUAAAUAUUCAAGAUUUAUAAAUUCUUAGACUUGUCAAAGCUACAACUAUAAAUAUACUAACAUUCCUCAAACACUGUCUAAUAAAAGCAAGGUUCUACAAGUAAAAGAAAAAUAUAAAUUUUACCUAAUCACAAAAUUUAAAAUUAUGCUAAAGAAAAGCUUUGUUUGGAGGAGAAAUGGACUGCAUGACAGAAAAAGAAAACGUUGCCGGUAAACUGUGAAUCUUGGGGGUGGAUAUCAUGCUUUACUGCUGUGCCCCCAAAAUUGCGCAGGUGGAAGAAAAAAUUAAUUACAAAAAUUCUAAAUCAUACAUCAGAAUACACAUUGGACUAACUAUUAACUAUUAUCGCAAAAAUAGUGAAAUAUUGUGAUAUUAUGCAGCAUCAACCUCCUGCUUAAUGCUACAAAAAAUCUGUUACAAAGUUUUUGUUUUUUUUUGGCCUAGGGUGCCCAUGUUUCCUUAUGAGUGUAUAUAUGUGAUAUUUGUGAUCAUCAUGACCUUGAGGGCAAAACCUUGCUAGAAUAUUUGAAAGUGGGUUAAUGUCCUCUGGAUUAGAAAACUAGUUGUCUGCUGCCCCCUAUAUGUUAAAAACUGAAACUGCACAAACAGUGCCAUACAUGAUCACCCUAGUUAAGCUCCAACAUAUUAUUAACAUUGUGGAGAAAAAAAAGAGAAGACAAAAGAAAAACAAAUAUUUAAACGAAUAUACAAUUUUUUUUAAAUUUUGUAAUAUCUGGAAGUUUCUUAUUUAUCAGUGUAGUUACAUAAUAUUUGUUUCUUUAGUCUGUUAAUGCUAAUGCUAAAUGAAUGUGACCGUCAAGUUAAACAUUCAGAUCAUUUAGCUAUAAUAUAUCAAAACAUUUACAUAAAAAAAUUCGAUAAAAAAUAUUAAGUUUACCAUAAAGAGCUUAACAAUUCUUUACUGGUGUUUUAUUGCAAAUCUAACCAAAAUAUGUGUUUUAUGUAUUUUUAUGUCCUAGGUUAGCACUGUCAUCAAGGUCCAGUUAAUAGCAAUAUUUUAAAAUAUAUUUUAAGCAUUUAAACACCAUAAAAACAAAUAGAAGUGCUACUAAACUGUAUAAUAUUACUGCUUUUACUACUGUAUAUGUGCAGCAGGUUCUUGCUUGGUGAGGCUCUCUGGUUAUUUGCCUUUCCCAUGCUAUGAUGUGUUAAAGUGUACUGCAGUGGUUUGCACAUUGACUAAUUUGUUUGUUUGUUUUUGCUAGGCAGGAGGGGAAGUGAGUUCUCAAAGGGUACAGUUCUGACAUUUUAAAAUUUAGAUCUCUAAUAGAUUUUUUUUACAUUCCCACAUCUACACUAUAGCUCCGGAAAAAAAUAAGAGACCACUUCAGUUUCUCUGAUUUUGCUAUGUAUAUGUUUGAGUAAAAUGAACAUUGUUGUUUUAUUCUAUAAACUACGGACAUUUCUCCCAAAUUUCAAAUAAACAUAUUGUCAUUUUGAGUUCUGAUUUAUUUGCAGAACAUGAGAAAUGGCUGAAAUAACAAAAAAGAUGCAGAGCUGUCAAACCUCAAAUAAUGCAAAAAAAACCAAGUUCAUAUUCAUAAAGUUUUAAGAGUUUAGAAAUCAAUAUUUGGUGGAAUAACCCUGAUUUUUUGUCAGUUUUGAUGCAUCUUGAUAUGUUCUCCUCCACCAGUCUUACACACUGCUUUUGGAUAACUCCUGGUUCAAAUAUUCAAGCAGUUCAGCUUGGUGAUCAUCCAUCUUCCUCUCGAUUAUUUUCCAGAGGUUUUCAAUUUGGUGAAAUCAAGGAAACAAAUUAUUUUUAAGUAGUCUCUCCAGAGCUGUAUAUGGCAAAAGUAACCACUCGCCAUAUUUUUGGUGAUGUGAGGCUUGGAUAAAGUUGCUCGGCCAAUAAAACCCAGUCUAUGAAGCUCUCUGUGCUCUACUGUUCUUGAGCUGAUCUGAAGGCCACAUGAAUUCUGGAGGUCUGUAAUGAUUGACUCAGAUUAAAGUCGGUGACCUCUGUACAUUAUGUGCCUCAGCCUCUGCUGACCCCUCUUGUCAUUUUACGUGGCUUACAUCUUCAUCGCUGAGUUGCUUAAUGUUUGUGAACAAAUACUUUUGGCAAUAUAGUGUAUAUAAAUAAAAAUGCUUCUAGGGUGAACCAACAAUAAUUAUUCAAUAACAUCAUUUAAACAACCCUUUAAAACAAGUAUGAUAUAGUUCAUGACAAAAAAAAACAUUACAGUGACAUAUCUUUUUUUUAUUAAAGUUUUAAACAAUGACAACUAUAAAUCUUUGAGAUACCAGACUUAAUGGCUUUUGUGGUUGUUUGUUUGACGUUUGAAAUGGGAAAAGGGGGACCUGAUUCACAAAAAAAUAAUAAACAAAACAAUAAAACGAGCAAGUUGAAAGUUAAACUGGUGUGAUCCUGAUUAAAACACACUUUUAUCACUGUGUCAUAUAAUACAGUGUACUCGGUGUGUGUGCGCUGUGUAUGUGCAGGUUUUAUUUCUAGAGAACAAGAAGUACUGGGACUUACUAACCCUUAUAAUCUACUACACUCCAGCGAGCCUGAGGUUUGGGACAAACAGUACAUCUAUUAUGAUGACAAGGUGGACAAAAGCCAACGGUUGUGUAACACAUUUGACAGAAAGGCUAGAAGGGCUUCAAAAUCACCAUCAUUUCUAUCUGCUUUCUUGGUUAAAUUAUAGGUAGUUUAAAAAUAAUUGUUCUACAAGACUAGAGCAGCUUCACAUUUACAUAGCAUCUGUAGAAAUCAAUACCAUCGUUAAAACAGACAGGAUGGGAAAACAGGACCGCCAUUAUCCCAGUUUGGAAUACUAUUACUGAGAUGAGAAAAAGAAGAAGUUGCACCAAAAAAUAAUAAAAUUCAACAUUCCCAGUCUUAUGCCUUGAAGUGUAUAUAAUCUGAUCCCGCUGAAGGCAAACGUUUCGGCAAAUUUUCCCUCCACUGUGCACUCACAAAAAAUCU